AUGGCACAAUCUCAUCGCGCUGAUGCCAGUCAGUUCCUCGACAAUCGAGGAUACAGCGGUCCGCUUGUGCGCGGCGUCAACCCCGUCACCCUCUUCGAAAAAGCCGUGCGCGACCGCAUCACAGAUUCAUACUACUGGAAGGAACAGUGUUUCGGUUUGAACGCUGCCACCUUUUGCGAUCGCGCCACCGAGUUAACCUUUAUCGGUGGUACAUACGGUGUCUCUGAAAAGCCUUCGCCAUUUCUAUGCCUUGCCUUUAAGCUCUUACAACUCAAUCCCGAACGAGACGUCAUCCUCGAAUACCUCAACUUCAGUGAUCCCGGAAGCGACGAUGAGGGCGACGGUCAAAGCGGGGUGUUAAAGGCUCGUGGAGACUUUAAAUAUCUGCGUGCAUUAGCAGCAUUUUAUGUGCGACUUACCUUUGACGCUGUCGACGUCUACAAGACCCUAGAGCCGCUACUUCUUGACUAUCGGAAAUUAAAGCGACGAGUGCGCGACUCAUUCACAUUGUCAUAUAUGGAUCAAUUCGUUGAUGACCUUCUCACAAAAGACCGUAUCUGUGGUACGAGUCUCUGGAAGCUGCCACCACGUUCACAAUUGGAAGACUUGGAGUUGUUGGAUGAGCGGAUCAGUCCCUUGGCGGAUGAGCUAGAGGAGCUCGACCAGGACCAAGAUAGUCAGCACGAAAAGGAAGACCGAGAUGAUUCCGAUCGCAGUGACGGUGAAAUUUCGAACUCGAAGGAUGACUGA